AUGGAAGAUCAGCUAUGGAAGCUUGCUAACUCUCAUUUUGAAAUGAAAGCCUACGAGUCUGCUGCAUUUUACGCAGAUAAACUCGUCACAAUAAGUGGGAAAAGCGAUCUCAACUUUGUCUAUCUCCUCGCAUCUUGCUAUUUGCAGAACAAAGAAUACCCGCGAGUCACCCACAUUCUUGAAAAGCAUAAUCUUCUUCAUUAUAGCAUUAAAACUCAAGUCUUAGCAGCUCAAGCCUUAAUCGCUUCAAAAGACUACCAAACUUGUAUCAGAAUUUUAUCUGAAAACGUCCAGCAGCCAGACAAGGACAUUAAUUGGCAAUUUUUAAAACAUCUUUAUAUGGGAAAAGCGCAUGAAGCCAGAGAAAGCAAGCAGCUAGCAGCAGAACAAUAUAUUUUGGCAUUAAAAUCAGACCCUACAUGUAUAGAAGCAUUUUCUUCUUUAAUAGACAAACAGCUUCUUACAGCUGAAGAAGAAAUCAAGCUUAUCCAUAUACAAAUAAAUCCUUUUUUCAUUGCUAAUUCUAGCACUAUUUCUCAUAAAUUAAAGCAAAUUUCUAUAUAUUUAUAUAAAAAAUAUUUAAAUUUAUAUAGAAUAUUGAUGAACUAGACCUAGAAAACGAAAAAUGGCUUAAGGAAUUUUAUCAAGCCAAAUUAAAGAUUUUUUCCAACCCUGGCUCGGAGCUGCAAAAUCUGCAAUUGCAAAGUAACAUUGAUGUAAUGCUGGCUUUAGCAAACCAGCUAUUUUCUACGCAUAAAGUAAAUCAAGCCUUUGAACUUUCAUCAAAAAUCAUCAGGGAAGAUCCUUAUCAUCUAGGAGCUGUUCCAUUGCAUUGUGGAUGUAUGGCAGCUUUAGGGGAAAUUGGAGAAUUAUAUAACUUGUCACAUAAUUUGGUCAAAGAAUACUCAGACUCUCCAGCAGCUUGGUACGCAGCUGGAGUUUAUUAUUAUGCAAUUAAAAAGUAUGAGUACGCAAGAAAAUUCUUUGUAAAAUCAUAUAUAGCUCAUAUUGGUUAUAGGGAAAUAAUUUUUAAGGCCUUUCCAUUUUUAUUUAUAAUUCUAUUAGGUAGGUAUAAAAAAAUUGAUAGAGACUACCUGCCUGCAUGAAUAUCAUACGGCCAUACAUAUGCAGCGCAAGACCAGUCAGACCAAGCAAUGCGAGCUUACAGAACCGUUUCUCGGCUCUUCCCAGGGUGUUAUUUAGCUAACUUAUUUAUGGGUAUGGAAUAUCUCAGAACCAAAAACCUAAGAAUUGCUUUAAUGUCUUUUGAGCUAGCUAAGCAGGUGAACUCUGCUGAUCCUAUUGUAUGGAACGAAAUUGGAGUUGUUUUUUAUAAAAAAGGAGAAUAUAUAAGAGCUAAUGAAGUGCUGCAAGAAGCUUUGAAACUAUGUGAAGGAGUCAUAACAUCUACAGCUGAAACUGUGAUGUUUAACUAUGCUCAUACUUUUCAAAAAUUGAGAAAUUACCCGAAGGCAAUUGAAUUAUAUAGUGAAUAAUGUGUUGAUAAUGCACUUAUUAUAAUUUUUUUGAGGAAAAAAAUAUCUGGAUUUAAUUUAUUUUAAUAAAGGAUACCAAAAAUGUAUUCAGUCGAACUCAAAAAAUGCUUCGACAUAUACAGCAUUAGGACUAGCUUAUUAUUUCAGCAACCAAAUCCAAGAGGCUGUGGAUUGUUUUAAUAAAGCGUUAUUUUUGAAAUCAAAUGACAGAUUUACCAAUGAUUUGCUUUAUAUUGCGCUUUUUGAAUGCAGUGAAGAUCUGCCGAUGCAAGUAGAGCCUGAGUUUUCUCCAGAAAUGCUUUAA